AUGCAUAAACUGAUUGUCUGUUGCCUGCUUAUUGCGGCCGUGUGUGCUGCUCCUGCACGUGAGUCGAACAUGAUAUGAUUUUGGUUUUCAUUUGCCUGGCAUGCACUACCAUAAUAAGUAAAAAUAUCGUUCUCAAAAACGUAUUAGCGGUAAAGAAUAUUUUCCUAAUAUAAACGACUACUGGAGUAUAUUUAAGUUUUUAAAUCCAGUGGCACCUGAGGCAAGUAAGAGGCCGACUUUUGAGAUGCAAGUUAGAUCACUCGAAAACUGUAGCAAACAGAUGUGUUGUCAGAUGUUCCAGACAGUCUUAAGUCAAUUAUUUAAAACAGGAACCAACAAAUUUCGUGUACGCUUACGGUCCAAUAUACGUAUUAUCGAACCGUUAUGCAGUCACUCGGUGUGUGAUGUUGAAAUAGCCAGUUUUGACUUAAGGUCUGCCGUCAAUCAGCCACUGGCUCAUUAUUGGUGUGUCGAAAUAAGAUCCAGUUUUAUAAGUCCCCGCAUUUAAGUAAAUUCUUCAAAACAGAACAAAUAAGCGUACGUUUCGACAAGAAUUCUUGAGGCCACGUGUCCGUUUACUUUAUUUAUAGUGUGUUCCAUACAAUGCAACGUAACGCUUAUGUUACGGCACACAUAUGACCAAGAGAUAUAUUAUUAACGAAACUUCCAUUUUUAUAGCGUCCACAACUCCGAAGGAGGGAAGUACGAGUGCGUUUAUAUGUUUGAGUUCUUGUACUUCAACCUGAUUAUUUAAACUUAUGUUGGCAUCGUUGCAAUAUUAGGCAGAUGCCGAAUUUAAAUCUAAAUAGGCAGAUUAUUAUCAUUGAUAUCCCACCAUGUUUCAAUGGGAUUUGUGUGAACAUAUAAUCACAAAAUGUCAUAUGCUGGUGGAAUCUUCUAACUUUCCUUAAAUUUGCAGUUAUCUACGGUGAAAAAAACAACAAAUAACAAAAAAUACAUAAAGCAUGCAUAGACCUAUUUGUUUUCGAUAUUCAAACAUAUUUCACCUACAACCCUCUUUGCCUUCGCAUUUAGGUGAAGAAAUUAUGUUGAACGCUAUUUUUAGACAUCAGGACUCUCUGAUAAAGUGUUUUACCAGACUACGCAAUCUUUACUGCUCAAAACCUGUCCACAUACAUAUCUGGUCGUAAUAAAACUUAAACAACCGUCGUCUGCUGAAAUAUAAGAGCGGUUUCGUUUAAAAUUAAGACUUGAGAGCUCUCAAUUUAGACACCUACGUAAAAUUUACAAAUCCUAUCUUAAAUCCCGAAAGAUAAUGACAAGACAUGCUUUGCCUAAUUUCUCAUCACUCCUUUAGAGAAGUGAUAUAUUUCAACGUUCUGUACACUGCACUUAAUUGUCGUGUUAGCUAGACGUUCAAGUCAAGGUUAACCAUAAAUGGCAAAUUUACUUAACCCGUCGCACACAACUCUGUUUCUGCGCACAAAGAGAAAUCUUUUAGCAAGUCACUUCUAGACAUUAAUUAAAAUUAAAAUGUAUCGAUAAUUAUCCGAUGUUUUGGCAAUGUCCUUUCUUUCCGCAGUGGGUUAUGCCUGAUUGCUUUAAAGCAAAAAUGUUGUCUCUUUUAGGCGAUGACACACCUAGUAAGUUUUGUCCAAACUACCUUAUUUUUUAUUCAUAUAAAUCCGCUUCCAAAUUUUUACCUCAAGUAAAUCUGCAACUAAUGUGGAGGAGUUUACCAGGAGACGUACAUCGGCAGGCAACUCUGAAGACGCUAAAUAAUUUGUAUUCAGUCACGCCAUAGCAGAAUAUGUCCAGACGACCUAAGAUAUAUAUAGCUAAAAUCAUAUCUCUGCUUUACAAUGCAGAUUACUUUCAGUUCCCUAAGGCAACCGGGUAUAAACAAUAUUGCUACACAUGGAAACUCAGACAACAGAGCGCGCGUUCUCUAGACUUUUUAGAAUUCAGACGCAUGACGACGUUUUUAUAUUUUUAAUUACAGAAAACUACCCGUUGACUCUACUCAAAAGUUAGUCACUUAACGAAUUUGCAUAACUAAUAUGUUUGUCUAUAGGCACGUUAAUAUUAAUUUCCAAAGUGUUGUAUAUUAACAUGCCACCACUUUUUGUCUGUUAGGUGUUUGGAGUCAGCUGCGUAAGGACUCUUUAAUAUACAUUUUCCGGUCACUAGCAAUUGGUUGUCGUUAAAACCAUAUAUACGGUUGCCGAAAUUGCGUCUCUAUGUUCAUAAAUAACUAAGCUGAAGAUUUAAGAGCAGUAAGACGGUUUGCGGAGAUGAGAACUCAUCCAUAGCAUCAUGAUUAGACUUAGUACUUUCAAUUUUCUCGGAAUGAUUAUAAACCACGCGGUCAGCUAGGCCGCAUAGUUUUAUCUACAUUGCGUCCAUUUUUUAAUUCAGAUGGUUUUACUUAAUUUCUUUCAAUAUUUCUUAAGUUGCAAGACUUGAAAAACUCGGAAGAGGUAGGAAGGCCUUUCAGUUCUGGCUAAUUUAAAUUCCAACUCCACUAUGUCAAAUAAAAUCCUACAGAAAAACAGAAGUUAAAACGUUUCAAUGAUUUUUUUCUAGAAAGUCUAUUGGACGUAGGUAAGUCAAAUGUGUCGAGCUAGGUAUUUAAGAGUAAGUACAAAUAGACCCGAGCCAGGUCAGAGUUGAAAAACAAGUUCGUUGUAUUUUGGAAUUAUAGUAAAAUGCUCCGCAGUAUAAAAUUGGGCCUGUCAUCGCCUGUUAAUUUCAUUCACUUUGGAACUAGUGACUUUCAAGUAGUGAUCCAAAUGCUAUCUCUACGCAAAAGCGUCAUAAAAGCAAAAAUGCGAUCAAAAUGAAAAUGACAUGGGCAGCAAGCGAAUUAGUGUUGAUGGCUUCAGUGCGUCUAAAUGCUAGCUAAACGCAACACACUUGCCGCACUGCAGGUAAUAUAUAAUGACGUUUUUAUGAAUAAAUAAAAUGCUAAAGCAAAUUAUCAACCUCCGAUAUAUUAAUAUGCAGAUGAGUACUUACGCUUCCACUAAUCGAAUAUCGGACCACAAAUGAAAAACGAUGGCAUAUCUAUCAAUGUUGUUAUUUUGCCAUUUUCCGCUAAAAUUUAAUGGGUUUUCUGACUUUUAUUUUGCAGCUACGGCUUUAAUUCAAUUUGCAAAAGGCAAGUCCCAGCAGAGCGACCUUGAUUUUCGACUGGUUAGAAAGCUGCAGACUUUUAAUACAAGUGUUUACAUUACGUCUAUUCAAUAUAACACUAUGCUCAUAAUACUACUGAACAAUGUUAUUCACAACGGAGAAACUUUAAUAUUCAGAUAAAAACUGGGGUACGUUUGAACAAAUAAUAUAUUUAUUUCAGAAGGUGAACAGUGCGUUCAUGUAUGGUUUAACCGUUGUUUCAUUAAUUUGGAAGUAUAUUUUAACGUUAAUUUAUAUUUGUAGUUACUAUUAUUUUAGGCAGUUCGAUGUUUUAACCGACUUGAUGUAAACAGAUUUUACGUUGCACGUAUUGCACUAGUCAUAAUUCAGUGGAAUCCUAACGCAGCUUUACUAUAAAUUUCAGAAAAUCUUAUAUCCAGCAUCCUCAAAGGUAAGGAUAUAAAUAAGCCGGCAUGGCCACUCACGCUUUUUGCAUGACGUUAAUCCAUCCUAUCGUGUCCACGGAAAUUUGCACUGACAAUCCUCUAUUGCGGAAUCUGCCACUAUUAACUUGCAAAAGUUCGCCGGAAUUACAUAUAAUGAUGUCAUGUUAAGUUGAAAGCUGGUAAAUGAACACACUGUUUUGUUUAUAAAUCACAUAUUUUUGGCUGAAAAAGAAUUGUUUUUGCAGUUGGUCAGAUAUGCCUAGAGCAGGAAUAUCAGAAGUCACUUAAUGUACACUUCCAACGUGUAUCGCCAUACCCUUUCAACCUGAAUAUCGGAAAGUAUGCGCUUAUGUUCCGCAAGACUCUAAGUCAGCAAUGCUUAUACAAACAUAUAACACCGUCUGCUUUUACGCAAUAACGAACUAGAACAUGAAAAGGUAAUCUUUAAAAAUAGGGAUGUUGUGUGCAAAUGACCAGGCAUCUUGUGCACUCCGUUAGAGUUAGUUAGAUAUCAAGCAAAAACGCUCGUCACUUAUUCAACUUACGAAGCUGCUGACGGCUCCUCCCUUAAAUAAAUUAUAUCCUCAUUUUAGGCAAAACCCAGGAACUUUGUAAGAAUAUACCAAGUUCUUUACGUCAAUGUCUGUUUUAAACCGUAAAAUUUAAACACAUUUAUUCGGUUUACCAUAGUGUAACGAAACUCAAGUUAUUAAACAAGCUGGCACAGUUAUUUUUCAAUGCCAAAACAAAUUAUUCGAAAUCCGCAAAGACGCCUAUUUAUGACAAACUGUUAUUUUUGCAACUUACAGGGAAAGAAUACAUACAAAUGAAAAAUCGUAUGUCAAAGCCAGCAAAUUUCAUACAGUGAUAUUUCGCGAUUAUCAUUUUCACUUCAUGUGCUUUUUAUUUGUCGAAUCGCCAUUUUCUACUUUUGUCAUGAAUUUUCGCGGGUGUAUAAAAGUACGCAUUCCUCCAGCAAAAUUUUAGGAUGUAUUUAUUGCAAAGCUGAAUAAGACGAAUGAAAAAGAUCAAACGUACUUCGCAAAUACUUCUUUAAGUCUUUUGAUUAUCACUGCGAUAAAACUGGCUACUAUACCAUUUUAUCGCAUACAAUAAUACAAGUUUGCAAGUUCAGUUUUUAAAGAUAGUCCUGCUCACCUUUUCUUGAAAAGGCUCCAGUUUUUCGUCUUUGGCCUCAACUGGUCCUCACGGACACAGAAAACAAAUUUUCCAUUUUGGAAGGCAUUGACUUAAUCUUUGAUCUCGUUUUCUUAAUGCCUCUCCAAAAACCAAACAUUUGCAAACAAAUUUCCACUGUUUUAGACACUCAGAAUCAUGUGAAUUUUUCUUAGAUAUAGGAAUGUCAGUUUACACACAAAGGGCCUUGUAUCUCGAGAAGCACUCCCUUCAAAAUAAGUGUAUUAUAUCGUUGUGCAAAAAUACCGACCGCCUAAAUGUUUCCUACCUAAAAAUUUUCAAUAAGGCGAAACUCUUAAGAGCUGUACUACUGAGGUCAAUCGCUGACUAUCCCUUCCCGGGAACAUAACAGCAUGCAUUUUGAGAAAACCAAAGUAGCUUUGUAAGCGUGAGCACGUUCGUUUCUUCAUUUUCUGUUGCACUAGGUGGCCUGAUGAGUUUUAAAUCGAAAACCAAAUCAGUGUUUUCUGAUUAUCAGUAUAAAGCCGAAAAUCGACUUAAUACUCAAAAGGAGUACCUCCGAGAUAAAUACUCACCAGUUUAAAUACAAACUUACAGUGUACAACUUACAGAAGAACGUUUGUAGAAAUGAACCGGAAUGUAAUUGUUAAAGGCUCUCAUGUACUGACAUUUGACGAUCGUUUUACCACCGAAUAUGGCUUUUUUGUCGUGUUCUUGUUCUCGAAUAUUUUGAACGACAAAAAAUCACAAAUAUAAUUGUACGUGCAGUCAGCAAUUAAAAAACGUUUUUGUCGCUUAAACAGCUACAUGGCAUUGACAGGGCUUGAAACUGUGAAAGAUAUGAUAAACAGUCACAAGAUCAAUAGUCUACAAACUGUUUCCGAAGGCAUCGUCAGGAAUCUUGAAUCUUGCUAUUCUUUUCAUGUGUUCGAACUCCGUCGAGGCAAUGUAAAUUUUACUACUAGACGGUCAGUUAGAUCAACCUAAGCCGAAAGCUACUUUAUAAUUCCUGUAUUGUUUAGAAGCAUGAAAUAUGUGACCGCUCAGCCAGAUGCACAGUUAAUAGUCUUCGAAGGGAGAAGUAUUCUAAUAGUCGGAGAUAGACGUCACUACUCGAUAGGCAGACAAGAUGGUCAAAUGGGAAGUGGUACGAAAGUGUCAGAUAUUUUUUAACAAUACUGGUUCCUAUAAUUCCGUUCAGUAUGGAUUACAUAGUAUUUCAAAAGCGACUUAAAGCACACAUCUGCAUGCCCUUCUUGUGGUAAAACGUCAUUUGCAGCAUGGACUUUUGCCUUUUUAGAAAGCAAAACUACAUUACAAUUUAUCAAAGGUAGCUCUUAACCUUUCAGUUAAAAACUCAAGGAAAAUAGCUCGCAAUCAAACUAACGAAACAUACUUAAAAUUUAGCGAAUGGAACGGACAUAGGUAAGUAGCUAUCAAUAGAGCGAAUUUUUUGAACAACACAGAAAAAUGCUUAUCAUGUUUAAAUUCUAGCCCUGGAAUUAUUCAGGAUUUUUGGAGGUAAUUUCUUACGAGUUGACCUUCGAUCACACAAAUAAGAUAAAACUACCGAUGGAAAAAUGAGAGUCUACUUAUAUUUUCAGCUGAGGGAGAGGACCUGAGUAAGCAAAUCUGCCCAUUCUGCUUCUAUAGCCAAGAAGAUAUUGAGAUCAAUUUUCGUCAGCCCGUUUAGUAUUCUGAGGGAUUAGUUAACCUUCAUACUGUCUUUUUAUUGUCAGCAUCGGUGUUAACAGCUAUCUUGCAAGGUACAAUUUUGACCAUGUUUGGUUUUAUUGAAAGACAUCUUAGAUAUUUCGCUCCUAGCAUCCUUACCCUUCGCUGCAUGUUUUUAGACCCACUGGCGAAACUACGUACGUCAUUAUUUGUUUCCAAAUCCAAACGAAAUAUGCCAUACUAA